AUGUCGUCAGCCACCCUCAACACCGACAUCCUCUACCACACCCUCGCUCUCCUCCCAACAUCCUCUCUCGCUACAAGCCUGCUCGCCUCCAAGAACUUCUAUCGGCUUUGCUCCCCGUUAUUGUGGAGGGACGUCGAGCUGGAUCUAAGCAAAGAGGGAGAAAGUCAUCCGCUGGUGAAAGCUCUCGUCCCGGGAAGUCGGAGUGAAGUACAGGGAGAUGGAUGGAGCACCUCGCCAGCACCAUACGUCCGACACCUCACUCUCCUCGCACACACCAACGCCCCCCCCUGCUCCCACGUCCACUCCCCACCCUCUAGCAGUGAACCCCACACCAACCCACUCCCAAACCUCAACACUCUCCACCUCACCAUCCAUCCCUCCUCCCCCGUCGGCUGA